GGGGAAGUCCAGCAUAUUGUUUUGCAGACUUUGCCUACAGUUUCUCUGCGGUAUAAGCGUAGAAUAUAUACACCCGGGAAGGCAAUUAGAGAGUGAUGGACUUCCAGCGUAGAGCUCACCCUUACCCCAUCCCGGAGGAUGAAGAGGUCGCACACAAUGUCGCUCCUGAUGCUCACAACUCUGCAGGAAACGAAGGCGAGAAACCGGUGUCAAAAUUGCAACGUAGGCACAGUGACAUAAAACUCUACAAAGAGUUUUGUGACUUUUAUGCAAGAUUCAACAUGGCGAACGCACUUGCAAAUGCCAUCUGUGAGCGCUGCAGGGGCGGUUUUGCUCCUGCUGAGAAAAUUGUCAACAGCAACGGUGAGCUGUACCACGAGCAGUGCUUCGUCUGCGCCCAGUGCUUUCAGCAGUUUCCCGAAGGGCUCUUCUACGAGUUUGAAGGGAGGAAGUACUGCGAACAUGAUUUUCAAAUGCUUUUUGCCCCUUGCUGCCAUCAAUGUGGUGAGUUCAUUAUUGGUCGUGUUAUUAAAGCUAUGAACAACAGCUGGCAUCCAGAGUGCUUCUGCUGUGAUAUCUGCCAACAAGUGUUAGCUGAUAUUGGAUUUGUCAAGAAUGCUGGCAGACAUCUCUGCCGUCCUUGCCAUAACAGGGAAAAAGCCAGAGGCCUGGGAAAGUACAUUUGCCAGAAGUGUCAUGCCAUAAUUGACGAACAGCCUCUCAUAUUUAAAAAUGAUCCUUAUCAUCCUGAUCAUUUCAACUGUGCAAACUGCGGGAAGGAGCUUACUGCUGAUGCUCGUGAGUUGAAGGGAGAAUUAUACUGCUUACCCUGCCAUGACAAAAUGGGUGUCCCCAUCUGUGGGGCAUGUAGAAGACCAAUUGAAGGCCGUGUGGUGAAUGCUAUGGGCAAACAAUGGCACGUGGAGCAUUUUGUUUGUGCAAAAUGUGAAAAGCCGUUCCUUGGUCAUCGUCAUUAUGAGAGAAAAGGCUUGGCGUAUUGUGAAACCCACUACAAUCAGCUAUUUGGUGAUGUUUGUUUCCAUUGCAACCGUGUGAUUGAAGGAGAUGUUGUGUCUGCUCUGAAUAAGGCAUGGUGUGUGAACUGUUUCGCUUGUUCAACUUGCAACACUAAGUUAACACUCAAGGAUAAGUUUGUUGAAAUUGAUCUAAAACCUGUCUGCAAACACUGUUAUGAGAAAAUGCCAGAUGAAUUUAAGCGACGACUUGCCAAACGGGAACGUGAAGCAAAGGAUAAAGAGAAGCAGAAAAAGAAAAAGCCAAUCUGUUUGUAAACUUUUUUCCCUUCUCACCACCACCUCUGCUCCUUUCUUCUUUGGAAUAAAUUUGUUGAGUUUGAUAUGAAGCCUGUCUGCAAAAAGUGUUAUGAGAAGUUUCCUCUAGAGCUGAAGAAAAGACUGAAGAAACUCGCUGAAACUUUGGGAAGGAAGUAAAGACUUCAUCUGCUCUCCCCCUCCUUUGUGAAAAUCUUACAUCUAUUACUUGCAGGGGGAGCUGCUUUGAGGCUUCAAUCAGACAACAAAUGAUGAUGUACAUCUUCUAUCAAAUCAAAAUAUCUUAAGAUUCUCUGUUCUCUAUACACGUAUGCUUAUUUGUUGAUAGACAGACCAUACUUCCAAACUAAAUUAAAUACCAGCUCACCUGAAAGGUUUCUGACCCUGAUAAUGCAGGUGAACUGAUGCAGGUGGCCCAUACUGCGCAGUAAUCUCUGUGGAAUUUUACAGAGAGAGAAAAUUUGCUUGUGAAUACCUGCCAAAACAAACUGCAAAUGUGUCCAACUUCAGGGGCAUGCAUUGUUAUUUAUAUUAAUGAAAAUAUUAACCUUUAUAUUAAGCAUGCACACAAAACUUGCCUGCCUGGUGGAAAAAUUCACGCUUGGAUUUCAGGCCAAGUCAUCUCAUUAAGGAGCCUUGUUUCAGACAGUUUGAAAAGUAUCAGAUUUCUAAAUACAGUCACUGUACAAAUGACCUAUUUACGAUAGAUUAUGCUUACAUGAUGAAUCUUUGUACAUCAGGCUUAGCAUGAAAUACCUAUAUAAAAUAUAUAUUCCUAUUGCAAGAAAUGAGCAUACUCAGAACUACUUGAAUUUUGCUAUAUUCCACUCAAAAUAACUCAUUAACUUUUAUAUAUGCUUUUGCAUUCUAUUUACUUUUUGUGCCUUAUUCUGCUGGACCAUGCAUAACAGUGUUCCAUUAAAUAUAUAUAUAGUUUUAUUUUUUAUUUCGUAUUUUUAUGCAGAAACUAUAUACAAGGUAUUUUCAAAAGAUAACAUACUUUGCCUUAAUUAUACAGGAUGCAAGAAGUAUUUUAUUUCAAAUGUGAACACCUGAGCUUAAAAUUUAGCUUCUAGACUUUGUUAAUCUUCUGAACAAUACUGAAAAUGCGUAUUUCAGUUAACUGGCAAUAUUACUUUUACACCUAUGAGUGUAAAUGUACAAGGGUUGAUCCUGCUAGGAUCUAUUUCUUUAGCCAUCUUCAAGAACUGAGCUCACAAAUCAUCAGAAUUCCUUAUAACAUACAUUUAAUUGUUUUAUACUAUUGACUUCUGUCCAUGCAAAUCUGUUUUAUUUUUCCCCUUUUUAUAGAAAAUACAGUUACUUAGGACUUCUUGAUGGUACUACAUUACGAAGUACGCAAACAUUUUUUUAUUCUUUUUAUAUUAGUGACUUAAACAGAUUUUAUGUAAUUACAUCAUAGGAAGUAAAACUUUCUUUCCAGUUUAUGAAAAAUUAGUUGCUUUAAAACAUCUGCUUUCAAGUGUCAUCAAUAAAGGCUUAUGUUAUUAAA